GGACAAGUACUAAGGUUAAGACCCAGAAAAAUACUUUCCCCUUACCUUACCCGGUACCUUCCUCAAAUACUCACGAUCUCUGGUGAUUGACUAAUUUAUUUAUAUAUUUUUUAAAAAUGUGUUUAAUUACACGUUUAUUGUUAUUUGUAUUAUUAAUUAACACAAUAUACACACACGAUGAUGAAGUUAAAUCAGAAGCUGACGUGGGAGUUAAAUAUGCGAAUACAUGUGAAGUCUGCAAAGUUCUCGCUACGGAAUUGCAAGAUCGCCUCGAAGAAACGGGUAAAGUGCAUGACGUGAUUGAAAUUGGAUACUCCCUUGACGACGUCAAACCUAAAAAAAAGACAAAAUACCAAAAAUCUGAGCUUAGACUGAUUGAGUCGUUGGAAGGAGUUUGUGAUAAGAUUCUACAAUAUAACAUUCAUAAAGAACGAGAAGACAGUACUAGAUUUGCUAAAGGUAUGAGUGAAACCUUUAGAACCCUUCAUAACCUAGUGGAUAAAGGAGUUAAAGUUGAUCUUGGGAUUCCACUUGAAUUGUGGGAUAAGCCAUCAGCAGAGAUAACACACAUGAAAAUACAGUGUGAAACCUUGUUAGAAGAGAAUGAAGCAGCUAUUGAAGACUGGUACUGGAACCACCAGGGUGAGAUAGAAUUGAAGCGUCACUUGUGUACAAAACAUGUUUUACAAGGCAGUGAUGACUCUUGCUUGUAUGAGGAGCUGAAACCACGAGAAAAGGGAGACAAAAGUGAACUCUGAUAUGGAGUGUUAGGUUUAGAUUGAAAUAUGGACAAAUUUUUUAAUAUACUUAAUAUGAACAAUUAAAACAUAUAUUAAGUACAGUGAUACAUACUUUUAAGAUGACUAUGCAUUUUUUGUAACACCUAAUAUCUAUUAAGUGUUGUCUAGGUAUGAUAAAUAAUCUAGAUGUUUAAAUUUUCUAUAUAGUGUUCUAUAAGUAUUAUUAAAUAAUCUUGAUGUGUUAAGAAAACAA